UCUUAAUUCUUCUUCUUUCUUCUUCAAUUACAAUUCUUGCUUGACUGUGGUAUCCAAUAUAUAUAAAGAACAAUAAAAGACAAAGGUGGGAGUUUUGCUUAAGAAGAUGAAGUCAAAAUCAAGUCAACGUAAAAUGUUCAUGCGAAUCAUCACUACUCCGAUUCGGGCCCUAUGCAAGGCCCGUGAUCUUUAUGUAAGAGGUUUGACACAAUACGGCGACAGGAUGAACCUCGGGAACGUAAUGGCCGUACAAGGAACCUCGCAGUGUUCGGGCCUGCCGAGGAGCUUCAGCGUUAGCUCGGCCCGGUCAACACAAAAUGAGGAUUUACCGGAGCUUUUUCGGGCUGCAUCGGCCAGGAGUACCGGAAAUAGAGCUGAUCACAUGGACUGUGGGGCCGGGCCACGGGCAAUGCCGCCGAGAAGCAGCAGUGUGGCCAUGGGGAGGAUUGAUGAAGAUAGGCCCUAUAUUAAUUUUGGUGAUCAAGAUAUUUUUAAUAGUGGUAAAAAUGGAAUUAAUUACCCCAGAAGCAGAAGUCAUGCUGUCACGUAUUCGAGAAGAUUACUAUAACCUUAUUAUUAUUUUUUUUGGCUUGUUUAAUUAACUAUUUGAUUUUAAAGUUUAGACUUUGCAUUAUGUAAUGCGUGUAAGGAAAAAAAAUAUAUAUUUUGGUAAAUAGAGUAGGGCCGUGUAAAAAAAUUCGCCCAUUAAUGUACUAUA